UACCGGAAGGGGAUGACUUACGCAGCCUGCUCCAAACUGCUGUUGCAGACAGUGGUUUGAUAGGAAGGGAGGUUGAGAGAUUGCAUCAACUCUUGCUCAGCAAUCCCCGGGUCUGCACCACCAUUUUAGGUCACACCUCGGUGCUGAAACAUAAAAUCAAAUUAAAAGAUGACGUGGUGGUUACUCAGCGCCCCUAUCGAUUGCCCCUGCAAAAGAGGAAGAUUGUUAAGGAGCAAAUACAGGAGAUGCUCCAACAGGGCAUCAUUGUGCCUUCCCAUUCACGCUGGGCAUCCCUGAUCGUAUUGGCGCCUAAAAAGAUCAUGGGGCUCCACCCCGAUUUUGUGUUGACUUCUGUCGUGUUAAUGAACAUAGUGAGGGAGAUGCUUGCAGACCGUUUCUGAGAUACUGGAAUCUCUGGCAGGUUCAUCUGUGUUUACCACCUUCAAUCUCAUCAGUAGUUAUUGGCAAGUGGAAAUGGACCCAGACAGCAAGCCUCUAACUGCCUUUGUCACAUGUUUUGGGUUGUUCCAUUUUCGGGUUAUGCCUUUCGGUUUGAAGGGAGCUCCAGCUACCUUCCAAAGACUCAUGACUCGGGUGCUCAGGAGCUGCCUGGGAGACUGCUGCAUGGUGCCGGUCUUACACUCAAGCUGAAGAAAUGCCGCUUCUGUUGCCCCAAGCUUAAAUUCCUGGGUCAUGUAGUGAGCAAGGAGGGAGUGCAAGCAGAUCCAGCAAAGAUGGAAGCACUUCACGACUACCCUGUGCCGAGAAAGCUUAAGGAAGUUCAAAGGUUUCUGGGUCCUGCUGGAUGGAUGAGCAUUGUGAAGCGAGUGGUGCUGCUGCUGCUGCUGCUGGCGGCGCUCUGCACCGACGCAGCACCGACCACCGAGGAAUGUGACAGUGUGAAGAAAACGCUAACAAAGGACCUGAGCACCGUUAUCGGGGACUGGGUUCUGGUGUGGGCGGUCACAGACGAUCCGAUAGGUUCAGGCCUGCUGGGAAGCCUCUCCAGCUCCCACGUGGAGAUGAGACUCCUCCCUGACAACAAAAGCAUUGUGUACAGCGAGAGGAACCUGUUCCAGAAUAAGUCGUGCAUUUCAUACCUGGCCAACCUGACGAUGCCCUCUGACCCCACCGACGCUGAUCAGACACUGAUCAUUGAGACUGCCACGAUGAAGCAAGAUGGAGUUGUUCAGCCGCACAACGAGUCAGGCGGCAUGGAUUUCUACAAGAGCUGCUCCGACUGUCUGCUGAUGGUCUACAAAGGCACAUCAGGCCGAUACCUGCUGAGCUACAGGAGAGAAGGGCAGCAUGGGGAUGUUGAGCAGCUGAAAGCGGCCCUCAGUGAUCAUCAGAAACAGGCCGAGUGUUUUGGAUUCAGUCACGAUCAACCGUUCAGCUACGACGGAGCUGCAGACUUUUGUCAUAAGAAAUCUUCGACUGCUGAACAGUCCUGAGAGACAAACAUCCUGCUGGAGCAACAUGUCUCAUAUCUCAUCAAUACAAUAAAAACUAAUACUAAACUCUCAA